UAUAAGAUCAUUGAUCAGCGCUUGUGUUUUCAGUUUCGUUGUUUGUUGCUUGUAGAUCGAUGUGAUUAUGGCUGCGGGUCCAAUUGCUGAACGUAAUCAAGAUGCUACCAUAUAUGUUGGCGGGUUGGACGAGAAAGUUACAGAAGCCCUUAUGUGGGAACUCUUUGUUCAAUCGGGGCCAGUUGUCAAUGUUCACAUGCCGAAAGAUCGUGUCACACAGAUGCAUCAAGGGUAUGGAUUUGUCGAAUUUAUGGGAGAGGAGGAUGCAGACUAUGCUAUUAAAAUAAUGAAUAUGAUCAAACUUUAUGGUAAGCCGAUUCGUGUGAACAAGGCAUCAGCUCAUCAGAAGAAUCUCGAUGUCGGAGCUAACAUCUUUAUCGGCAAUCUUGAUCCAGAAGUUGACGAGAAGCUAUUAUAUGAUACAUUUUCAGCUUUUGGAGUUAUUCUGCAAACACCGAAGAUCAUGCGUGAUCCAGAAACCGGCAACUCCAAAGGCUUUGCUUUUAUUAACUUUGCCAGUUUCGAUGCUUCAGAUGCAGCAAUUGAAGCAAUGAAUGGACAAUAUUUGUGUAACAGACCUAUUUCGGUGUCUUAUGCAUUUAAGAAAGAUGCAAAAGGAGAACGACAUGGGUCAGCUGCUGAGCGCCUCCUAGCUGCACAGAAUCCACUGUCUCAGGCAGAUCGGCCCCAUCAGCUGUUUGCAGAUGCUCCACCUCCAAUACCACCACCACCUGCGCCAAUGCCUCCGCAGCAGCUGCCUCCUGUCCCUGUGCCACCUGUUCCAGUAAUGAUGGGCGCUAUGCCUCCCCCACCUCCUCAGAUGGCUCAUAUGCAUCCUAUGCAUGCUCCUCCUCCACCACCUCCUACAUCCAUGCCUGUUGCUGUUCCAAGACAUCCUCCUCCACCACCACCCAUACCACCUCAGCACCCACCACCAAUGCCACCAGGUGUGCCUCCACCUCCUCCAGUGCCUCCUAUGAGCAGGGCAGCACCACCCCCACCAGUGCCACCACCGCCACAUGUUGCUGCUUCCGUUGCAAGUGGUCUACCUCAGAUGCCACCACCAGUCUCAAUGCCACCUCCACCACCACAACAGCCUCCUCCUCCACAGCAACAGCAGCAACCACAACAAACACAGCAGCAGGUGCCUUCGAUACCACCACCACCACAAGCCCCACCACCACCAAGAAUGAUGCCACCUCCAUGGCAAGGUCAACAAUUUCCCCCGCCACCACCAACUCAGUUUACACCUGGUCAGUUUCCUCCUCCGCCUCCACAUGGUGCACCACCACCGGGUUGGCGGCCACCACCACCUGUUCGUCCUCCAUUUGGACGGCCACCAUUUCCACCAAGAGGUCCACCUCCACCACCUCGUGGACUGAGACCUCCACCACCACCGCAACCAGGACAACAACCUGAUGCUACUGCUGCAUAUAAUGGUUACCAGGAUCAGACAGGAAACUUCCAGAAUGGAUAUUCCACUUAACUUGUACAGUUAAUUAUAUGUGUGAGUGACUUGGUGCACUGUGAACUACAGAUUUACAAUAAAUAGUACCACAGUGUGAAAGCCCUGUGAAGAUUGUGCUUUUUUUUAAUCUGUGACUAUGAAUAAUUUGUAAAGGAAGCAACGUGUCUCUUAUAAACCUCUUGUUUGUGUUUGUUUACAUACACUAUUGUACUGUGACAUGGACAUUUAGUUAAAUUGAAAUGCUUGAGAAUCGAUGUUAUUACAUUUGCAAAUUGUAAUAUUGUUGCUGUGUGCUUACAUUUGUGACUUUUGUACCUUUAUUUUGAGGACAGUUUUAAUUCCGAGUGAAACUGGUGGAAAUGAAUAAUUCUAGUGUGUGUUAGACUGACUUUAAACAAAUAUUGUUUCUAUUUGGAAUUGGCCAAACAACUUUUGUGUAUGGAACAAAUUAUAAGAUAAAUUAGGUAUGUUGUAACAUAUUUUCUUAUUAAUUUGUUGGCCCAUUACAGCAAUAUAUUUCAUCUGCGAUACUUGCAACAUUGAAAAGGCAGUAGAUAUAUUGACUAGGGCCUAUUUGUUCCUUUCAUUGCAUUGGUAGUGACCAGUGCUUUUUACUGUUCUUCUGUAGUGGCAGUUUUAUGUAGGCCUAUGUAUAAUUUAUUUUUAACAGAAACAGAUGAGAUUUGUGUUUCUUUCUUAGUUUUGAAAGGUGUUAGUUCCCGUUUGUGUUAAAUUUAAACUCAUGGUUCACUGCAGUUAACAGCUGUCAUUGUCAUCAUUAAAAAUUUGGGAUAUAUGAUUUUGAGAUUAUGGUUUGCUUCAAUGGUGCUAUGAUAAUUUCACAGUUUCAAGUCAUUCAGGAUUAAAUGAGCCACACUUUUAUGCUUGGUAGGGGAGAGUGUUGAGACUUGUUCCCUUUUUUACAUUUUACUUUUUAAAACAGCAGGUAUUAACUUCAGAAAAAACUAAAAUGUGUAAUAGUCAGUUUUUAACUCUUUCUGUCCCUAUUUUUAAUUCAAUUCUUUGCUAUUUAGUAUCAUCAUAAAAAAUUAAAAACUAAAGUUGUGCAGGAUGGAUAAAGUCUCACCAUGUGUGGAACACUUGAUCCCUUUUAUGGGGAGACUUGAUUUUCCAGUUUAUUGUGGUAAAUAAAACAAUUAAUUAAUUAUUCAAA